UUUUUCCGGAGAACGCUCUGCCAGCCGGACCUGCUGCCAUGGGCGCUACCUGGCGGAGGCCGGGAUGGGCGCGGCUGGCGCUGUGCGUCGCGGGCCUAGUGCUGUCGCUCUACGCGCUUCACGUGAAGGCGUCGCGCGCCCGGGACCGGGAUUACCGCGCGCUGUGCGACGUGGGCACGGCCAUCAGCUGCUCGCGCGUCUUCUCCUCUAGGUGGGGUAAGGGAUUCGGGCUGGUGGAGCACGUGCUGGGCCCAGACAGCAUCCUCAAUCAAUCCAACAGCAUAUUUGGGUGCAUUUUCUACAGUCUGCAGCUGGUGUUAGGUUGCCUCCGGAGCCGCUGGGCUUCAAUCCUACUGGUGUUGACUUCCCUGAUGUCUCUUGCUGGUUCUUUCUACUUGGCCUGGAUCUUAUUCUAUGUGCUUUAUGAUUUUUGCAUUGUUUGCAUAACCACCUAUGUUGUUAAUGGGGGGCUGACUGUGCUCAGCUUCCGGGAGGUCCAGGGAUCUCAGGGCAAGGCCAAAAGACACUGAGCCCUUACCCCCCAGCCAGGCUGACUUCACCUGCUCUGCUUUGCCAUGUGAGCCUUGCCCAGUGGAGAUCCUGUCUGACCCCUGCCUGCCCACAAAGACGUUGGACCAAAUGUGCUGUUCUACUCCUCCACCCCAGUGCCUCUGACUGUCCCCAAGGACUGGUUCCCAAGUUCCUGCCAUUGCCCAAGGAGGGGAAGGUUCUAAGCAAUAAAAUUACUUUAAAUAAAUGUGGCAAAUCUCA